GAGGAGGAGGAAAGUUCUCUCACUCUUUCCUGACAGCAGUUUUUAGUUUGUUUAGGAGGCGAGAUGUCGACCACCGGGACCACCCCUGACCGGAUGUACUCCAAACUGAUAGAUGAUGGCUGUCAGGAUGACUUCAGGRCAGAUGUGCAGCACAACGAUUAUCCGGUGCUCUCUGAAAGAUUCCCCUCCAGAAUGAGCGGUCCGGGUCCGUACCGCUUCGCCACCAUCUGCCUGGCUGCGCUCUGCGCCGUGCUGCUGAUCUCCGUCAUAGCUGUCACCGCUCACUAUAAGAACAAACCUCAGGGCGGUGGCGAGUCAACCACAGAGAUGCAGAAGGGGAAUUUAAACAGCUCAGACCUCAUCAAGAAGCUACAGGAGGAGAAUAAAGGUCUGCACAAAAGGGUGGAUGAGCUGAGGGCCAAYCUGACUGCUCUCAUCAACAAAAAUGAAGGAACAAAGGCACCUAUUGUGUGCCCCWCGGACUGGCACCUGUUCAACAACAGCUGCUACCUCAUCUCCAGAAAUACAAGAAACUGGCAAGGAAGUCAGGACUACUGCAAGACUGURGGAGCUCACCUGGCCAUAAUCCUAACAGCUGAGGAGCAGACCUUUUUGUGGGAUCUUCUGCCCAGAGGACACUGGAACUGCUACUGGUUUGGAAUCACUGAUGGAGAAACAGAAGAUGUUUGGAAGUGGAUCGAUGGCAGUCCUCUGGUUGGAGGUUUCUGGGAGCCGAAUGAGCCCAACAACCACAUCAACGAGGACUGYGGUUACAUCGUGAAAACCGAGGUGCUGGAGCGAGUGGCGACACAGAGCUGGUACGACGCUCCCUGCCACAUGUAUUUACCUUUCAUCUGUGAGAUGGAGAUGGGCUCCAGCACGACAUCGCACUGAGACGCCAUCAAUGACGAAACAAACAAAACAAACAGGAAUUUAGUCAAGUUAAAGGAUUCAUGAAAGUUUUCAAAACUUGUUGAUUUCAAAACAUCUCAUUGCAUCGAGUAUCGUUGUUGAUUUGAUCGGAAACAGCUGAUUUAAUAAUCAAAGUUUACUGUUGAAACAUAAUCAUCAAAACCAGAAGAAUAAACAUAAAGAUAUGUUUUAAUG